AGUAUCUUCUUGCCCAACGACCGGUUGUUAUCCGAGAGUUGGAUCAUUAUUUGUGACUUUGUCUUCCUGUUCAGCUGAUUUAUAAGAAAAACAACAUUGCUUCCAUUACAUUCAUAAGGUUACACCAUCUACGUUUCUAAAGUAACACAGAUGUCUGUCAUUGCUUAUCACUGUCAUCCACCUUGAAGUAAUGUGAUGUUUAUAGAAACCAUUGAUUUCUUUGUAUUGAUGACUGUUUGGAUUUCGAAUUCCAAUUACAGUACAUUCAUUCGUGUUCAUCGAAUACUUCUUGAUUGAAUUGCGUUAUUGUUGGUAUCGCUAGUUUAUAUUAUAAUUCAAAUACUUUUAAACAUCACAGUGGCGUCGCGAUGAAGCCUGUGAUGGAACGGUUGGAUAUACAUUCGGAUUUUAAUGCUUUUGAGGAAUACAUGGAGAGGUUCGAAAUCUGGGCUAUGACCGAGGAAGAUAUUGAGGAUUUUAAUAUUGUGGCUCAAUUCCUUCCGUUCAUCUGGAAAGAAGCAUACAGAUUAAUAAAGACUUUGACAUUUCCAGACAAGAUGAUUUCACUCCCGUACGCAAUUCUCAAGCAACUAAUACUGAACCAUGUACAGUAUACAAAUUUCGAAUGCGGCAAACGAGAAACAUUCGAUGAAAUGACUCGCCAGAACAUCGGGAAUUCCACUACUUCAAUACGUGGCCUCACUCCAAUAUGUAACUAAAGUUAUUCAGAUAACAGCUCAAUAAAUUGUGAAACAGUUCACGAAGAUGAGCAC